AUGGGAAACCUCAAACCACUUUUUAUCUCUUUAAUAGAUGAGACAAACACACCUAUAUUAAUCCAUGUCAUGUCUUAUGAAGCUAAGGAUGUUAAUAAAAUUCUAAAAUAUAACACGUUUUCUAAUAUAUCCUUAGAUUUUUUUGAAAGUAGUUUGUUUCAAUGGGAUCAAAUAUCAAUAAAUUAUAAAAAUGGUAAUUCACCAAUACGAAUGCUAUUUGAAGUUGAGAAUGUUACAGUAUUUGGAAUGUGGAUGAAACCAUCUGGAUUAAAAAUUAUAGUUGGUUUUAAUGCAUCGGACAACUUUGAAAAUGAAAAUGACUCUUUAAUAAUAUUUGUGUUUGAGAAGAUUAAGAAGAUAUAUAUGAGAGUUAAGUCAAAUCCGUUUUUUGAUUUAGGUCAAGCUAGUACAGAUAAGAACAAUAUUGUUAAGUUUGAAGAGAAAUUUGAACAGGAAUUUGGAACAGAAGUACAACUGUAA